AUGGCUUCCACCAAGACGCGCCCCGCCAUCCCUCCAGUAGUGAUGGAGUCUGUGAUCGAGCAAAUUGGGAACACACCACUGGUGCGCCUGAAUAAGAUACCAAAGAGCUUGGGAAUAGAGGCAAACAUGUACGCAAAGCUGGAGAUGUUCAAUGCCGGAGGCAGUGUGAAGGACCGCAUUGCGCUUCGCAUGAUAGAACAAGCUGAGAAGGAGGGUCGCAUAAAGCCAGGCGACACAUUGAUAGAGCCGACGAGUGGUAACACUGGUAUCGGUCUCGCUCUCGUCGGCGCAGUCAAGGGCUACAGAGUCAUCAUCACUCUUCCGGAGAAGAUGUCGCCGGAAAAGGUCUCUGUUCUCCGCGCCUUCAACGCUGAAAUCAUUCGCACCCCAACACAAGCUGCCUCCGAAUCUCCUGAGUCGAACAUCGGCGUCGCAAAGCGUCUACACAAGGAGAUUCCCAACUCGCACAUCCUCGACCAAUACAACAACGAGAACAACCCCCUCGCCCACGAAUUCGGCACCGCAGAGGAAAUCUGGGAGCAAACAGAAGGCAAAGUGACCGCCAUCGUCGCCGGCGUCGGCACAGGCGGCACAAUCACAGGCCUCGCAAACGGUAUCCGCAAACACAGCUCGACAGUGCGCAUCAUCGGCGCCGACCCUAUCGGCUCGAUCCUUGCGCAGCCCUCAUCCCUCAACACCUCCUCUGAGGGCUACAAAGUCGAGGGCAUCGGCUAUGACUUCGUUCCCGGCGUGCUCAACCAAAGCAGCGUGAACAAAUGGUACAAAACCGACGACCGCGCCGCCUUCCACUACGCCCGCCGCCUCAUCGCCGAAGAAGGCAUCCUCUGCGGCGGCAGCUCCGGGUCCGCCCUCGACGCCGCCAUCAAAGCAUGCAAAGACCUCGCCCUCACCGCCGACGACACCGUCGUCGUCAUCCUCCCCGACUCCAUCCGCAGCUACCUCUCCAAAUUCGUCGACGACGACUGGCUCGCCGCAAACGACCUCCUCCCCUCGACCCCGCCGCCGUCCCCGCCAGCGCACAUCUCGACCCGUCGCACCUCCGUGUCCGCAUCGCAUGAUCCCUUCCACGGCGCGACCGUCUCCGCGCUGCGCCUCAAGCCCAUCACUACCGUGCUCAGCGACAGCACAUGCGGCGCCGCCAUCGAGACGAUGCGCGACAAGGGCUUCGACCAGAUCCCCGUCGCGUCCGCGCCAAACGGCACAAGGCUCGUCGGCAUGUUGACUCUGGGCAAUCUGCUCUCGUGGAUCAGCCGUGGGCGUGCGAGUCCCACGUCGCCCGUCACCGAGGUGAUGUUUGAUUUCGGCAAGUUGGCCGAGAUUGUCACCGAUCCGACCGAUUUCACGGCUCUGAUUCGUCGACCCAAGGGCAAGGGCCCGAGGCCGUUCGUGGAGAUUACACGGGACACGCCGCUGAGUUCGCUGAGUCGGUUCUUCGAGUGGAACAGCGCGGCGGUGGUGACGGAGAAAGAUGGGCAGGGGACGAUGAAGCCUGUGGCGGUGGUUACAAAGGUUGAUUUGCUGACAUGGUUGGUGAGGCAGGGCAAGACGAAUGGACAUGUGUGA